UCUACUCCUCCGCCCCCCGCAUCUCUCUCUCUCCCCACCUACACUCACCAUGCCCAACCCCCACCUCCACACUCCUCUCCGCCCUUCCUCCGCCUCCUCUAACCAAUCCUUCACGUCAAGGCUUAUCCUCCUUCUCACUCUCCUCCCUCUUUCUCUUGCCGCCUUGGCUUUUGCUCUCCAAUGGAGAGGCGAUCGAGGUCUCGCUGAUCCCACCACCAUCAAUACUCGAUGGGCUCCUCAAGGUUCCCACAACCACGAGAUCUUCCCGGGCAUGGAAACCUCUCCUUCUAUUCCUAAACCUCACCACCCAUCUGAUUGCUUCUCUCUUGCCCGUAGUGGAUCUCCUUCUUUCCCCUACUUUCGUGAUUGGAAGUUUGAUUUCGAGGCCAAUUUAAGGCCUAAGAUAUGUAUUACGACAAGUACAUCUGCAGGCUUAGAUCAGAUUCUUCCGUGGAUGCUUUAUCAUAAGGUUAUUGGGGUGACAACCUUUUUCCUUUUUGUCGAAGGAAAGGCAGCAUCUCCUAGUGUAAUUAAAGUUCUUGAAUCUAUUCCUGGAGUAAAAGUGAUUUUAAGAACAAGAGAGCUAGAGGAGCAACAGGCUAAAAGCCGAAUCUGGAACGAGACAUGGUUGUCGAGUUUCUUUUACAAGCCAUGCAAUUAUGAGCUGUUUGUGAAGCAAUCUCUUAAUAUGGAAAUGGCUAUUGUCAUGGCAAGGGAUGCAGGCAUAGAUUGGAUUCUUCAUCUUGACACUGAUGAACUGAUACAUCCUGCUGGUUCUAGUGAAUACUCUUUAAGGCAAUUACUGCUGGAUGUUCCUGGGAACGUUGAUAUGGUUAUUUUUCCAAAUUAUGAGAGUAGUGUAGAAAGGGAUGAUGUUAAGGAUCCCUUUACUGAGGUUUCAAUGUUCAAAAAAAAUUAUGAUCAUCUCCCAAAGGAUACAUACUUUGGCAUGUACAAGGAAUCAACUCGUGGUAAUCCAAACUACUUCUUAACUUAUGGAAAUGGGAAAUCAGUUGCAAGAAUUCAAGAUCAUCUCCGUCCCAAUGGUGCACAUCGAUGGCACAACUACAUGAAAACUCCCAAUGAGGUGAAGUUGGAAGAGGCUUCAGUUCUACAUUACACGUAUGCCAAAUUCUCAGACUUGACUUCCAGACGCGAUCGAUGUGGCUGUAAGCCUACAAAGGAGGAUGUCAAGAGAUGCUUUAUGUUGGAAUUUGAUAGAGCUGCAUUCAUAAUAGCGUCAACGGCAACAGAGGAGGAAAUGCUAAAUUGGUAUCAUGAGCAUGUUGUCUGGGGCGAUAAAGACCUAAAAUUGAAACUCUUGAGGAAGGGCAUUUUAACUCGCAUAUAUUCUCCCAUGGUCAUAAUACAAGCUUUAAGAGAGUCUGGCGUAUUCAGCUCUAUUAUUGCAUCUGCCCAAACAACUAUUUCAAAAGACAAGUUUUUAGCAUCUAUUGAUAAAAGCAACUCAUCCAGAGCUGUGGCCUCUGAAUCACUACCAUCAAGAAAGAUGGGAAGAAACAGAGAGAAUCAGGCAGCUGCUAGGAAGGUUUUGGGUUUAGAAGAUACUAUAUCAUAUGAAGCAGCUGUUCCACCAUUGCCUUCCCCAGGAGUGGAUGACGAGUUCCUUAUGUUAGUGUGAGCCAAUUUUGGCGUGAUUGCUGCCUCUUCUCAUUCCUGUUCAAAUAGGUGUGACCAUUCUGGUCUAAUGUGCAAUGAAGGGAAGAAUCAGGAGAGAAAAGAAAGAGCAAGCAGGCCUCUGUUAUUCAGUUCAGUUAAGUUGGUUCUUCCCGAUCCUGAUCCAAGCGCUUGUGUACGUCAUUUAGGAGAGAGAUUUAGGGCCUGGCAACUUCAUGCUACAACACAAGAAGUAGUCGGCUUACUAUUCUUCAUGUAUAGAGAGUGGACAGUGGAGGCCACAGUGCUGAUAAUAGAAGUAUUGUAACUAUCAUUAUUAUGUGGAAAUUCAAGAGAUUAAAAAUGACCAUGGGAGUCUCCUGAGAGGAUGUCUUUUAAUCUUUUGUAAUUGAGAGGAUGUCUACAUAUGAACUUCCCUUGAUUUAAAGUAAAUGAACCAACAUUAUAUUGUCUUUUUUUU